AUUUAUAUAUACAAGGAUCGGACUAACUAUUAUUAUGGUAAUAAAGAACAUACGGAGUACGUAUUUCAAUUCCUAAGAAUCUAAGAUCCCCUGUUUGUUUAUUGUGUAAGUCAUGAAUGAUCAAAUACUUGCGGAAAUCCUUGUCCGUCUACCGCCGAAAUCAGUUUACAGAUUCCGGGCCGUAUCAAAAUCAUGGAACGAGUUGAUUUCGCAUCCCUAUUUCAUCAAGAAAUACGACAGCCGGCAACGGCUGCCGGACGGUGUUGGUUUGUUAUCCUUAUUCGGAGAUUCUUACUGCCCCUGCAGUUUCUCCCAUUCCAAGAAGCGCAAGAAAUCGCUCGAAUACCAUUCUCUAGAUCUUGAAGUCAGCGGCAUGUUUCUAGAACCAGUCAAGUUCAUAAAUAGUUCUAACGGUUUGAUUCUCUGCAGCCGAGGUGGUUGGUAUGAGCAGGGGUACCUCGUUCUCAACCCUGUUACGAAAAGGUCGGUCUUCGUGCCGCUGGCGCCGCCGUCCUGGUGUACACUAAGAUCCAUCGGGUUGAUGUGUGAAGAGAACAAAACCCAACUGUCAGCCAAGUUCAUCGUCGUCCUGAAUGAUGAUCCCGUCCUCAGCGAAAGCGAAGAGGCCACUUUGCCAAUCCUGACUUACUCUUCCGAAACAGGGGUCUGGGCCGCAACCAAACUGUCCGUGAUCCCCGCCGCUGCCGCAAAAGAUGACAUAUGCUUCCGUAGUGUGUUCCGACAUCAUCCUUUAGUGAUGAACGGUGUUUUCCAUUGGUACCAUUACUGGAGCGACACGGGCACAUUAUCGCUAGCACUUUACCGCCCCCACGGUGAAGCCGCGGUCUUAGAUUUCCGGAGCUACGAUGGAUUUGGAAAUAAUAAUCCCCUCUACGGCUCCAGCGCUCUUACGAGAUCAUCCAUUGAUAAUGGUGACAUUUUAUGGUUCGCCCUGGUUGACGUUGGUCGCGAAACCAUGAGAGUUUUCGUGCUCCCAAAAGGCAGUCAAGGGUGGGUCUCAGUGUACACUAUCAGUGUUGAAUCGCUCUGGCGGAAUGACAUGGCCUUGGUGUCUUCAACGAGGAUGGGGAGCAGAGGGCAGAUAUUUUUGAAUGGCUUGGUUCCGGUAAAUAAUAAGAAGACUCCGGUUGCCGUAAUCCGGAGGGAAGAAUCCGGGAGGGUAUUUCUUUUUGACGUGGACACGAAAGCCGUUCAACCCCUGCCGUAUCAUGGACGUCCGGUUACCACCGAGUGGGCUGCACUCAUCCGUGGUCAUGAUUUUAUAGCUCAUUAUCCUUAUUUACCGCCUUCAUCUCUUUCUACAUUCGCUCUUUAGUUGAUGGAUCCUCUAAUAGAUCUAUUAGUACGUUUAGCACUUAUACAGUUUGUAUUUGUAGUUCUUAUGUAAGGUUUAUUUCUUAUGUAAUCGUGUGUCUGAAAAUAAAAGUUGAAUACUAAUUGCAUCAAUA